UAGCAGCUUGAGCUACAGAGCAAUGACCAUAGAGAGAGCCAUCCUUUUCAUUUUUCUUUGUAUGGUGGUUGAAGGGAGAGUAGGAAAACACCAUUAUAUUAAUUUUGCUAUGAAAUGGCUUGAUGCUCAGCAAUACUGCAGACAACACUACACUGAUCUUUCCUCUGUAAAUAGCCAGAGUGAUCAAGAUGAGCUCAUGCAAGCGGCAGGAACUGGGAACGUUACUGAGGGAUGGAUUGGUCUCCGUCGAGAUCCCAAAAACAAUACUGCCUGGAAGUGGUCAGCGGGAGGAGGCAUCACAUAUGAAAACUGGGGUCCCAAACAACCAGAUAAUUAUGCAGAGGUAGAGGACAGCGUACAACUCCUGAAUGAUGGAUACUGGAAUGAUAAAGACGGCAGAUUACCCCUGCCUUUUUACUGCGUCAGUAUCACUUUGAAGAAGGAGAAGAAGUCAUGGGAGGAGGCCUUGGAGCACUGCAGAAACAACAGCACUAAUCUCCCCAGCCUGCUCUCUAAGACAGACCUUCUUCAAGUCCAGGGUGUGAUCCAAGAAAUCCACAUCACUGAUUCAGUGUGGAUUGGCCUGCGUUAUCUUCGUGACCACUGGCUGUGGGUGAACAAUGAUUCUCUGGAAUAUGAGGACUGGCCCCAAGGAGAAGGUCAGGACCACCAGUGCCCAAUACAAAAACGCUGUGGUGCUGUAACCAUAAGUGAAACAUGGGAGAACAGGAACUGCCAGGACAAACUCAGUUUCAUCUGCGUCUGAGAGAUUCACAAUAUGAUAUCUGGUAAUUUACUUAAAAUGGCUUGAAAUCCAUCAUUGUUACUGUCCUCCAUCACAAGAAAGGAACUGCUACAUACAGAAUAUUGAGGCCAGUAAUUGCCAACAAUCACAAAAUGUAACUAGUACAAGCACAUAUUCAAUUGAAAUGUCAAGGGAAGAAAUAAUGUAAUGCUUUUUUCUGUGAUGCUAUUAUCCUUUCUCUCUUUCUUAUUUAGUGACUGUACCUGGACUG